AUGAAAAUGGAUAUAUCUAAAGAAGGCAAAAAACUAAUGAAUAGAAAUAAGAAUAAAGAGGUCACCGAACUUGUAAGAAACAGUUAUUCUCAAAAAACUUUAAUUAAAGCCUACGAAGAUGGAAUUCAAAAUGAUGUUACGGAAGGUGAAGAAAAAUGCAAUUUAAAUGUAUCAGAAAAUAAAAGCCAGUCACCACCGGGAGUGUAUUUACGUUUGGAAAUAAAUCUGGUAUUCCUUGGUUUAUUAGCCUUGGCUCUGUGUACAAGACUACCUCACCUUGAUGAACCUCACUAUAUUGUGUUUGAUGAACUGCACUAUGGCCGUUAUGUGUCAUUAUACACAAAGGGAGUUUUCUUUUUUGAUGCCCACCCACCUCUUGGCAAGCAGCUAUUAUACCUAGCUGGCCGUGCUGCUGGCUAUGAUGGAAAUUUUACCUUUGACCGAAUUGGUUCACCCUAUACUGAAAAUGUUCCUGUUACUGCACUACGGUUAAUACCGGCAUUAGCGGGCAGUCUGUUAGUAGCAGUUAUAUAUCAAUUGAUGUUGGAGAUAUCCUUCUAUCAUUGGACCGCUGUUCUGGCUGGCCUACUUGUUUUGUUUGAGAAUUGUUUUUUGGCGCAGUCUAGGUUCAUGUUACUUGAAAGUAUACAAAUACUUUUUGGCCUGUGUGGAGUUUUGUGUGCUAUUAGAAGUACUCGUCGAACAGGUCUUGCAAGUGUUGUUUGGCUUUGCUUUGCUGCAUUCUCACUUGGUUGUUGCUUUUCAGUGAAAUUUUCAGGCCUAUAUUCGUAUUUCCUAGCAGUCUUUCUAGUGGGAAGACAAAUUUGGCAGUGGAUUGGGCAACCAGGAUCUGGACUUCGUCUCGCUUUAUCAGCAUUAUGGCGGCUACUGAUUCUUAUAACAAUACCGUUAGCUGUGUAUGUCGGUGUAUUUUAUGCUCAUUUGACGAUGUUGCCAAAAGCUGGUCCUCACGACAGUGUCAUGACAAGCGCGUUCCAAGCAUCCCUACAAGGUGGACUCGCUAGUAUAACUCGGGGUCAACCCUUACAUGUUGCGCAUGGCUCUCAAAUAACUCUAAGGCACACACAUGGUCGCACGUGCUGGCUACACUCCCACGCUCACGUGUACCCCGUCAGGUACACGGACGGACGUGGGUCCUCACAUCAGCAGCAAGUGACUUGUUAUAGUUUCAAAGACGUUAACAACUGGUGGAUAGUGAAGCGUCCAGACCAGGCGUCUCUGACUGUCGCGCGGCCCCCGGACGCUAUACGACACGGCGAUGUUGUUCAGCUCCUUCAUGGCAUCACUAGUCGUGCGUUGAACUCGCAUGAUGUCGCGGCGCCUGUGUCGCCACAAUCACAGGAAGUUUCAUGCUACAUCGACUAUAACGUGUCGAUGCCAGCACAGAAUCUCUGGAGAAUAGAUAUUGUUAACCGUGAUAGUGAAGACGCUACGUGGGAUAGCAUCCGCUCCUUAGUUCGAUUGAUACACGUUGAUUCUGGCUCCGCGCUACGUUUCAGUGGUCGCCAAUUACCUUCGUGGGGCUUCCAUCAGCAUGAAGUAGUCGCUGAUAAAGUUCUUACACAUCAAGAUACCAUAUGGAACGUUGAAGAACAUCGCUACACAAAAGCUGAAGACAGAAAGGAAAGAGAACGCGAGCUUGUAUCUGCAGAAAUGAUACCAACUGCUGUGACACAGUUGACAUUUUGGGAGAAAUUUGCAGAGUUGCAGUACAAAAUGAUAGCGCACGCGCCUGAUGCACCGCAAGGCCAUAAUGUUCGCCAGUGACCCUACUGAAUGGCCACUCCUCGUUCGAUCUAUCGCAUAUUGGUUGUCACCCAAUUCAAACGCUCAGGUGCAUUUAAUUGGGAAUCUGAUAACCUGGUACACUGGAACUAUAAGUGUUGUUGUGUACAGCGUCCUCCUCGCCUUAUAUGCUAUUCGCCAACGCCGUGCCUUCGCAGAUUUACCUCCUUGGGCGUUGCAGAAAUUUUAUGAUGGUGGCUGCAUUCUCUUCCUGGGGUACUGGAUCCACUACUUACCUUAUUUCUUUAUGGACCGGACUCUGUUUCUUCACCACUAUCUACCUGCAUACACUUUCAAAAUUUUACUCUUGUCAUUUGUCAUAGAUCACAUAUAUUUUAUUCUACAAUCCCAAGAAAAAACUCGUCCAAUGACAAAUAUAUUUAUUUUAUGUAUUGCAGCUUGGUUAGCUUAUGUAGUUAUUACUUUUAAAAAGUUUAGUGUUCUCAACUAUGGGAAUAUUGAUUUGACUGAAAAUGACCUUUUGAAUCUCAGAUGGAAGGACACCUGGGAUUUCAUAAUCCAUAAAAAGGGCUGA